UUAACAAAAAAAAACAGAAAAAAAAAAUCCACCGACUGGAGUAAGAACGAGAUUCUUUCAGAAGCUGCAUUAGAAGUAACCACACACACAGAGAAAACAACAACAAGAACAAGAAAAAUGAGGCGGUGGUCGUUAUCUUACGGAUCCAAACGGAGAAGAUUAAUAUCCGUACACUCGUUCAUCAUCACCGUAGCAUUAAUCUUCUUCUCCGGCGUCGGUUUACUGUAUUUCACGCUUAGAUCCGACGAUCCACCAAACGACAGCGUUUUCCACCUCCAACAGCAAUUGCUAGAUUAUCAGACUGCUGCUGCUGAUGAUACUAAUAUUUACAUAACCUCCGCCUCUUAUCCAACCGGCAGCGUAACGGAGAUGGAUAGAAUUAGAUACAGGAAUAGCAGUGCAGCUGGUUCGAAAUCUUGCGCUACCGUUGAAGAAAUGGGAGAGAGUUUCAACGGCGGUGACGUGUGGAAGGAGAGCCUACGUGUCAGGAGUAUUAUUCACCGCCACUUCGCCGUCAACGGUGCUUCGAUGGUCCGAGAUUUUCCUCCGGAACAGUUCUGCAGACAUGGUUUUGUUUUGGGGAAGGCAUCAGAAGCAGGCUUUGGAAAUGAGAUGUAUAAGAUCUUGAAUGCUGCGGCUUUGAGCAUAUUGUUGAACCGGUCCCUGAUCAUUGGGCAGACUAGGGGUAAGUAUCCUUUCGGAGAUUAUAUAUCUUAUUCCAAUCAUACAUUCACUUUGAAUGAAGUCAAACAUCUGUGGAGACGAAAUGGCUGUCUAAAGAAAUAUGGAAGGCAUUUGGUUAUAAGGAUUGAUGAUUUUGAUAAGCCAGCAAAAACAGAUGUCCUCUGUAGUAAUUGGAGAAAGUGGGAGCAACCUAUUAUAUGGUUUCAGAAUACAACAGAUGCUGUGGCUAGUCAAUUUUUCUCGAAGAAUGUGCAUGCAGAAAUGAGUAAUGCUGCUUUUGAUUUAUUUGGACGGACGGACCUUCUCCAAUCUAGGCCUAAUGUUUUUGGGGAGCUGAUGAAAUUUCUUAUCUCCCCUUCUGAAGAUGUUACAGCAGCUGUUAACUUGGUACUUGGAGGUGGAAAAAAUCCUGAUAUAUCACUGCAUAUGCGGAUGCUAAUGAACAGGCCUGUGAGAGCCACAGGAGCAGCAUUUAAUUGCAUCACCAAAGCCAUACAAAAAUUACACCAGAAUUCGAAACCUAGAAUGGUUUUAGUAUCAGAUACUCCAUCAUUCAUAAGCAGUAUUCUUCCGAACAUAAGCGAGCUUGCAGAGGUUCUUUAUUUCGAUUAUAAACAUUUCCAAGGAAAUGUCUCUCUAGCUAUCAAUAUGUCACCGGGUUUAGAGUUUAGAGCGAAGGACUGGGGCCCUGCACCCAGAUGGGUUGCCUUUGUGGACUUCUUUCUGGCAUCGCGUGCAAAGCAUGCUGUUAUUUCUGGUGCACACAGACGUGUCGGAACUACCUAUGCACAACUAAUUGCAGCGCUGGCUGCAGCUAACCACCUAAAAGAAAACUCAACUGGUUCAAGUUUUUCAUUCUUGAGCAGCUUCCAAAGUAAUUUACUAACAGAUGGUUUAAGGCUACAGGUUGGUUGGGGACAUGUUUGGAAUAGAUUUGCCGGUCCUUUGAGUUGUCAUAACCAAUCCAAUCAAUGUGCUUUGACACCUCUUCUCCCUCCAGCUUGGUGGGAUGGUCUUUGGCAAUCUCCAAUCCCUCGAGACGUCCGUAGGCUAGCAUUACUCGGAGUCAAACUAUCCGGGUUUGGGACAGUUGAUGAAGAUCAUCUACGAUCUGUCUGUAGUUCAAAGAAAAGUACAGUAAAAACUAUAAUGAUUAUAUGAAAUUUGAUUCCUGCAGUUGCAUUUUCCUCUUUUAAGGGGAAAGAAAACGGAUUCAGGCGAAAACCGAGAUGCUUGAUUGAGCGAGCUGGUAUCUGCAGGAGAGGAGAAGAUUGAUGUGAUCAAAGAAAUUUUCAUUUCCUCUGUUGUGAGAUAUGUGCCAAAAUUUAAAAAAAUUGUUUCCUUGUAACAUAGCAUUUAUUUCCUAAACCAUAAUUAUUCAUUUCACCUUUUACUCUUGGGUGAAGCUUUUAUUUUUC